CCUCUCGCUGUCUCCCAGGCGGUGUACAUGUUCUACGCCCUCGCCAUCGUGUGCGACGACUACUUCGUUCCUUCGCUGGAGAAGAUCUCAGAGAACCUCCAGCUCAGCGAGGAUGUGGCAGGCGCCACCUUCAUGGCGGCCGGCAGCUCGGCGCCCGAGCUCUUCACCUCGCUCAUCGGUGUGUUCAUCACCAAGGGCGACGUGGGCGUGGGGACGAUUGUGGGCUCGGCCGUCUUCAACAUCCUGGUCAUCAUCGGCGUGUGUGGCCUCUUCGCUGGACAGACAGUGCUACUGACCUGGUGGUCUCUCUUCCGAGACUCCAUCUACUACACAUUCUCUGUGCUGGCCCUCAUCUUGGGGGGCUGUGUGCCCGUGCAGUGUCUGAUACUCUCUCUCCUCUGCUCUGUACCCGCAGUGGGGCUGUGUGCCCGGGUGAAGUGGCUGGUAUCCUGGCCCCUGUCUCUGCUGCUCUACUGCACUGUGCCCAACUGCAUCCUGCCACGCUGGCACAAGUGGUUCAUGGUGACCUUCCUGAUGUCCACCCUCUGGAUAGCCAUCUUCUCCUACGUCAUGGUCUGGAUGGUGACCAUCAUCAGCUAUACGCUGGGCAUCCCGGAUGUGAUCAUGGGCAUCACCUUCCUGGCAGCCGGGACCAGCGUGCCGGACUGCAUGGCCAGCCUCAUCGUCGCCAGGCAGGGGAUGGGGGACAUGGCUGUUUCGAACUCCAUCGGUAGCAAUAUAUUCGACAUCCUGCUGGGACUGGGCUUCCCUUGGGCCAUGCAGACUCUUGUGGUAGACUACGGCUCAUCCGUCUUCAUAAACAGCAAAGGGCUGCUGUACUCAGUGAUCCUGCUGCUGGCCUCUGUCUUUCUCACUGUCCUGGGCGUGCAUCUGAACCACUGGAGGCUGGAUCGGAAGCUGGGGCUGAGCGUCCUCACCCUCUACGCCAUCUUCCUCCUCUGCUCCAUCCUCAUCGAGCUCAACGUCCUCGCCAACCUCCCCGCCUGCCUGUAGGAGGCGCCACCGCGCGCCCCUCCCCCCAGCUGUGCGGCGCCCGGCUCGCCAAAACCGCGACCCAACUCUCCGACUCUCCCCAUCCGGCUGUCCGUCCAUUCAUUCGUUUGUUUUUGCUAUCCCGCCCGCCCACGCAGUGACCUCUAACCCGAACAGGCUGAGGUCUGGCCGGAGGCAGAGGUCGCCGGGGUCGAGCCCCGGCCUGCGGGGGGGGGCCCGGCAGCUCCACCUGCAGUCGUUUGAUUCUGUCGCGUCAGGGUAGCUGCCCAGACCCCGGUUCACCCUUUUCCGUUCCCAGGGGGCCUGGGGUAUGGAUGGGGUGGGGGUGAGGAGUCAGAAUUGGGGCUUUCUGAUACUUGAAGGGGAAUGAGGCCAAUAAGAACUGAGCUCCGACAAGGCAGUGCUGGGAUGAGCAAAGAGAGAUACAGAGAUGGAUAUUAAUCCAGACAGGGUGACCAGCUCACUGACUGGUUAGGGGCUCCUCAGGAGCCCGGGCAGUGAAUCAGAGCUCAGGCGAAGAUCUAGGAUCUAGGUAUGACUGUCCUGAGCCAACACUGGGUCCCCCUCCUCUUCAACAAUAAGCCAACCGGCACAGUGAUCAACAGAAGAGGUGUCAGUGGGGCCAGCAGGGGGCGCUCACCCUGCGGUCUGUGUGGGUCCUGAUGCCCCAGUAUAGUGACGG